AUGCCUCUAAUAAAUUGGAAAGGGUUAUGUUCUUUAGAGCAUGGAUUUGUUACGAUUUUGAUAUUGAGUUUAUUAAUAAAUCUAUCUUAUGCUGCCAAUCAGACAUAUACAUCUCAUCGACCUUCUGGGGACAUUCCGGGAUUAAAAGUAGUUCAAGGAGAUACUUACAAUAAAGGCACGAUUUUAUUACGACUUAAGCAAAAAACUACGGAUAUAUGUGAACCUGCAAUAUAUUUGCGUCUUUUACACCCAAAUAAUACCUGGACAAUAUUAAAUUUACUUCCUAAAGAAAUAUCUACAGAAAACUAUUGCGCCCCUUAUCAAAAAAAAAGAAGUCUACUAGAAUCUAAUAAGGAGCAUAAAAAGCAUAAAAGGCAUAAUAAGAUUAAGACUUCAAUUAGUAAAGAAUGCUCAUCGACCACGACAAAAUGCACUACGACAUUAACGACUUCAAAAUGUACAACAUCGACCAAGAAAACUUUAAAAUGUACAACAUCGAUCACGACUUCAAAAUGUACAACGACCCCAACAAAGACUUCAAAAUGUACGACGAUCCCAACAACAUCAAAAUGUACUACAUCGACCACAACUUCGAAAUGUUCAACAACAACAUCGGAAUGUACCACUAUCAAUCAUCAUAAUAGCGAAACUUGUACUUCCAAAGAACCAACUAUUCACCCAACUAUUCAUCCAACUUGUACUUCCAAAGUACCAACUAUUCAUCCAAUUUAUACUAAAUCUAAGCAUACUAUUUAUUCAACAAAACCUUGCACAACUAAAACAACUAAAGCAACUAAAGCAACUAGUGGCGAAUGUGGCGGACAUACUAUCACAAAAACCAUAAUAAUCUCGACUGGCGGGGAUGGUGGCGUAACAACUGUCACAAAAACGAUUGGUGGAACAACAAUCACUAAAGUUGUGGGUGACGCAACAACUGUCACUAAAGUUGUGGGUGACGCAACAACUGUCACUAAAGUUGUGGGUGGCGCAACAACUGUCACUAAAGUUGUGGGUGGCGCAACAACUGUCACUAAAGUUGUGGGUAGCGGUGGUGACGGAGGAACAACUGUCACUGAAGUAACAACGAUGAUAAUACCCGUACCUAUGCCUGUCACAAGAACAUUUGAAACAGUUGUCACAGAAACAUUAGUAACUUCAGUUAAUGGAGAACCUUCAACGAUAUUGGUACCUAUCACACAAAUUCAAACUACAACUAUUGGUGGCGGUGGCACACAAACAAUAGUAACUACAAUUAAUGGCGAAACCACAACACUGAUAAUACCUGUGCCCAUCACACAACCAGCUAGUACGAUACCUGCGCCUGGCGAAACAACAACAAUAAUAGUACCAGGACCUAAUGGUGGCGAAAGCACAAUAAUAACUACAAUAAGCGGUCAAACCACGACAGUACCAGUGGCAACCACAAUUAAUGGUCAACCCACAACAGUAUUAAUAACCACUAUAGUACCAGUAAUACCGGUACCUAGCGAAAAUACAAUAGUUACUACAAUUAAUGGUCAAACUACAACAAUUUACUCGACUGUGCCAACUAUACCUUUUAGUCAACCGACGAACGGAGAAACUGUUUCGACUGUAGAAACUACAAUUGGUGGAACUCCAACUACAUUCAUAGCAACCAUACCAACGACCGACGUAAUUGUUUCGACUGGAGAAACUACAAUUGAUGGAACUCCAACUACAUUCACAACAACCAUACCAACGACCGGAGAAACUUUUUCGACUGUAGAAACUACAAUUGGUGGAACUCCAACUACAUUCAUAACAACCAUACCAACGACCGGAGAAACUGUUUCGACUGUAGAAACUACAAUUGAUGGAACUCCGACUACAUUCAUAACAACCAUACCAACGACCGGAGAAACUGUUUCGACUGUAGAAACUACAAUUGGUGGAACUCCAACUACAUUCAUAACAACCAUACCAACGACCGACGUAAUUGUUUCGACUGUAGAAACUACAAUUGAUGGAACUCCAACUACAUUCACAACAACUUUACCAAUGACGACCGGAGAAACUGUUUCGACGUUCGAAACUACAAUUAACGGAACUCCGACUACGGUAACGACUACGAAUAAGAUAAAAACAUCGGGAACAACAUCGGGAACAACACCAACAUCUACACAACCUACAACACUUCCUUCCGUUAAUGGAACAAUUAUUGUACCCAAUAAGCACUAUGGCUCUUCUCUUGUAAUCAAUGUAUACGCUAUAUCAACUCAGUAUAUUCUCAUAACAUAUUAUUGUGAUCUCCCCAAGUCCCUUAAAAUAUGCGGUUUAAUAAUAGAUUGGUCGGGUAACACCAAAACAGUCAUCGAUUUUGGAGAAGUAUGUUCAUCCAGUCAAAUUAUCAAAAGCAUUAAUGAUGAUUAUGGGUUCAUACGAGUUUGUUUCAAAAACGAAAAUAAAGAAUUAAAGUGGACAACAUAUCCUGCGCCUACUAAUUAUGAAGAAUUUGAUUCUAAAAGAAUACACGUUUUCUCGGUUGAAAAUGGAAAAUAUGGAAUAAUCAUUACAACAAAAGAAUCAUCUACUUAUUUAAAUUUAUAUUGGAUUAAUAAUAAUUGUGAAUUUAAUGGUCCUACCAUGAUUUAUACUAUUCCCACAUUAAUAACAAUUGAAAUAUAUCAAUGUAAUAUGGCUUAUCAAUCUUCAGGAUAUAAUUGUUUAAUUUAUUAUGAAAAAACAAUCGACGUAUAUGAAUUUAUCAAUAUUGUUUUCUUCCAUAAAGGAACUGUUAAUGUAAAUGGAACUACUACUUAUACUAUAGAUGAAGUUCCAGAUAUAUAUAACCCAUUUUGUGCUAUGACAUUAUAUAAUGGAGGGUAUAUUUUAUUAACAGAAACAGUAGUAAAUACUACAAUAAUUAAAGGAAUUGUAGUUAGUAAUGAAGGGAAAAUUAAUUCAACCGGUUGGGGACUUCCAGAUAUUUAUCAAUAUCUUCCCAUCGCAGGAGUAACUUACGAAAAUACAGUUUGGGCUAUUUCUAUUUCAAAUACUCCCAAUUCUUAUUAUAAUUAUAGUUAUGAAAGUUGGUCAAUUGUGACAUCCACUUCAUUAUCAGAUUAUGGAGAAGUUUCAAUCUAUGGCACUACAGUUUACUCCACUAGCCCUUCUUAUAAUGGUUCUAUUAAUAUUAAUUUUGAAGUGAUAACCAUUAACUAUAAUUUCCCAAUUACAAAUUCUACGGGAUAUAUUUACAUCUAUUAUUCAAAUAUUACUACUAUACCACGUUUCAAAUCUGAAUCGAACAAUACUCAAUUUAUACAAUACAUACCAGGAUCAACAACAUUGAAUAUAACAAUCCCUCGAGGGGUUAUUAGUAAUCAAAAUUCAACUUAUAUUUGCAGAACUGAUGAUGGUUUUGUGAGCAAUACAAAUACUGGGCAAGAUUUAAUUGGAACUUCAUGGCCAUUCUCUACAGACACUUCAAUCAAUGUUGGUGGUGGUGGAAAAAUAAGUGUUAUCAUAUUAUUAAUCCCUAAUGCUACGACGACUUAUGUAAAAUAUUCUUCUCAAGAAAAACAUCAAUUUAUUAAUGAUUUACGUGAAGAUAUUUCCCUCGCUCUUUAUUGUAGUUUAGAACGUGUUAAUAUGCCUACCAAUUGGCAAUACAAACAAAAUACUGAAUAUGGAAAUAUCUUCCUGAGAGUUGAUUUUACUGAAGCAAGCAAUGGUGAAACAAGCGGAGAGCUUCUUGCCAAAAACUUGGAUUCUUUGAUAAAGCACGGUACUUUUACGAUUAUUUCACAAUUAGAUCACACCAAAGAUCUUGAUUAUCCUUAUGGAGCUCAUGUGACAAGUAUUGAUGGUGAUUACGAUGAAGCCGUGAUUCGGAAUGAGGAUUUAGGUGGUGAAGGUGUAGGUGAAGGUGAUGGACCAACUGGACCAUUCGUAACUAAAACUGGACAAGAUGAAACUACAGAAGUUGAAAAUAUUAGUCAUGUCACUGAAACUAUUACUACCGAAAUCUCAGCGGAUGGUAAAAAAGUAACAUCUAUAACUAAAGAUGAAACAUCAGAUCCAACGUCAUUUAUUAUUCCCACUUCUCAAGAAAUUUCUGGAAAAACAACAUAUUAUACUGAUACUAAGGUAAUUCCCGGAAAAAUCACACAUUAUACCAAUACUCAAGAAAUUCCUGGAGAAACAACAUAUACUACUGAAGAAAUUCCUGGAAAAACAACAUAUUAUACUGAUACUAAGGAAAUUCCUGGAAAAACCACACAUUAUACCAUAACAACAUAUUAUACUACUGAAGAAAUUCCUGGAAAAACAAUAUAUUAUACUGAUACUAAGGAAAUUCCUGGAAAAACCACAUAUUAUACCAGUACUCAAGAAAUUCCUGGAGAAACAACAUAUUAUACUACUACUAGUACUCAAGAAAUUCCUGUAGAUACAACAUAUUAUACUAGUACUAAAGAAAUUCCUGGAAAAACCACACAUUAUACCAGUACUCAAGAAAUUCCUGGAGAAACAACAUAUUAUACUACUACUAGUACUCAAGAAAUUCCUGGAGAAACAACAUAUUAUACUACUGGUUCAACUGGUGUAACUGAAUAUGAAACCACAACAGUAACUGAGACUACAACCAAAGAUGGGGAGACAACAACAAAAACUAAAAUUUUUAGAAACAAUUAG